AUGACCCAAACCAAUCCCAAUGUCCAACCGUUACCCUCCCCUCUACCCUCCCCCGGAACCAUGUCUGAGCGCGAGUUCCGUGCCCUCGAGGAAUGGGUUCCAGCAGAGACUCUCAAAACUCGUGCAUCUGGCUAUCUAAGAGCUCAAGCCCAGUCCCAACCUCAGCGCCACGGCCAGGGUCAGGGUCUUGGUCGAGGCCAGAGUCGAGGCCAGGGUACAGUCAACAAUACCAACGCCCACGGAAAUCUUAGCUCUCACGCUAACGCCAACUUCAAUUACGAUAACGUUCCCACCGGCCUAAGACGGGCGGCUCAAACUACGAACAAAAGACGGGGACGCGGCAAGGGCCGUAAUCGUACGUCUUCGAUCUUUGAGGAAUGGAAGGCUCAGGCGUCGGUGGAUGUUGGACAUAAAGGUGAUGGAGAUGACGGUCAGAAGAUGGUGAGCGACUCUACUGGUGCUGGUGCUACUACUGUCAGCGGCAGUGCUACUGUUACUGCUGCUAGUAAACCUACUUCUGCUACCGUUGGUCCCAGUGCUACGGGAACAAAGGGUCGCUCAUACCGUGGAAGAGCUAGGAACGAUUCUCUUGUUCGUCAAGAACCCAGUACCACUGAAGACGGACAAAAGGUUGCGAGUGCCAAGCAGGGUACUGUUUCUGGGAGGGAGUCUGCUGUUGUUUCUGGUAGUCAUCCUGGUGCCUCAGUUGCUGAAGCCCAGCAUGCCACUUCUACUGCCAAUGCUUCUUCUACUGAGAUGGCAAAUGGCAGUUCGCCAUCGGAGGAUUCGAUGUCUCGUCAAAGAUCUGAGCGCCAGAAGAAUCCUAUUGUUUCGACAAACCCCGCUUCUGACUCUCGCCCCAUUGACUCGAUCAUCAAUUUUUCUGAAGGCCAGCAUAACACUACCAAAGGUGAAUCGAGCAAGGUGGUUAUUGAAGACAGCACUGCUGUUCAUGUGGGCCCGUCUGCUGACUCUUCUGGAGCGACUGACACGACUGCUUCUGCCGGUCAGGGUACAAUUACCACCAAAAGCGAACGGUCAAAGUGCCGCUCGCCGUCAGGCAAGGGCGGAAAAGAUUCUCAUGCUCAUAGAGAAUCCGGACCUAGCUCCACUAAAGCCGAAGCGAGCAAAGCAAGCAAGGACAGCACUACUGCUCCUGCUGAACCAUCCGUCAAUUCUUCAAAAGCACCUGCUAGCUCAGUUGCUAAUGACAAAUUUGCUACCAUUUCUGGCUCUCGUUCUCGUCGCGGAGGAAAGAAAGGUUCGCAUCGUCGCGGGAAAUCUGGAUCAGCCCCCACUGAGAGUGAAUUGAAAAACAUUUCAAGCUCAUCUGCUGCACCCGCUGACUCUUCUCUCAUUGGUUCCAUUGCCGAUGGAGCAGCAAAACAGCCAGUUACUGCAGACGUUUCUCAGCCCCAGACCGGGAAGGGUAAAAAGAGCCGUCAUGGUCGUAAGAAGUCUGCAUCUGUUUCUACCAGAGACUCCGGAAAGAUCGUGGAUAACAAGGAGAGUAAGGGGCCAUCUGCAAAGCAUUCGAGCGCCCCUGUUGCUCUGACAGCUGGCCAAAACAAGACUGCUGUUAGCUACCGCGCACCUAAAGCGGACGCGAAGAGCUCUCAGGCUCGUGGGGUUUCUGUUUCUAACUCUACUGGAGAAUUAAAGGACAAGGAUAGCUCUGCUAAGUCGAAGGAGCUAGCUGCCAGAUCUUCGAGUGAAAAGACUGCUUCAGUUGCUGUUGCAUCUGGAGGCAAAACCAAUCAUAUUGGUUCUCACCUGCGGUCUGCAAUGGGCGAGGAGAGUUUUCGUACUCGUCAGGCAUCUGUUUAUGCUUUCGUCGAGGAAUGGAAGGAGAGUACUGCUGUCUACGAGGGGUCUCCUGCCAAGACUCCAGGCGUUCCUGUUAUCUCGACUACUGGCUCACUUGAAGGUCAAAGCGUCAUCGUGGGUCCUCUCACACAGCAUGAAACGAGUGAAGAGGACUUCCAUGAUUGCCAGGCGUCUGUUGAUUCUGCCGAGGAGUCAAAGGAAGCAGUGAGUUUCAAGGCAGCUGCUACUAGCUCUGAGGAAUCACUGGUCAAAUCUUCGAGUAUCCCUGUUACUUCAAUUGCUGGUCCAUCUAAAAUCCAGCCUGCUGAUGCCAGUUCCCAUCAGCAAUCUGAAGCAGCCACGGAGCGUCCUUGUGCUUGCCAGGAAGCUGGACACGCGUCUACCGGAAGUGAACCAAAGAAAACUAAAAGUAGCAACGGCGGUACUAGUGCAGAAAUGCUUGCUAGUCAUUUAAGCGCUUCUGUUGGUUCCUCUGCCAGUCAGCCUGAAAACAAGCCUACCGUUACCGCUGGUUCUGGUGAGGCCAAGAAUGAUGCACUGCAGGGAAAGAAAGGAAAGGAUAUUCCGCGUUCAUCUGAAUCUGCUUCCGCUGGUGAGCCCAAAGCGCCAAUAAGACAGAAAGAAGCGCAACAACCAAUUAUAUUCUAUCCAGCCCAAGCUCCGGAGAACAAACCAAGCCAGCCCAUUCCCAAAGGCCCCGAAGCUGACACUAACCGCCGUGCCUCGACCACCGUCAACACGAAGUUGGACAAACGAGCUGUUUCUCGUCAGCAUGAGCAGGAAGGGUAUACGGCUCCGAACGGCGAGUGCCUCAACAAGAACCAACUAGCGAGAUAUGCGGAAGGUAUGAAGUCUCCACACAAGGACACUGUUUAUUUUCAGCCUAGCUUUAUUGAGGAUCCUUGGGCGGGAAUGAAGCCGGUGUUAAUUCCAUGUUCUCCUCGUUAUUGGUAA